AUGGUCAAAAAUUUUAUGUUUAAUAAGAGGGUUCAACUACAACCAGUUGAGUCUGGAUUUAAAGCAGAGGGGUUCCCACAAUUCUCAGCACCAAGAUUUCUGAAGAUUUACAUUAGUCCCAAAUUAUAUGAAGUUCGUUUAAAUCAAGCAAAUGCUGGCUCAAAAACACAGCCAGAUGUUUCUUUUACUCCACUAAGGAAGAAGAAGGAUUUUAUAAAGGGACAACUUCAUGCAAAAAAGUCAGUGAAUCAGUUAUUAGAUGCAAAGGGUGGACCUGCGAGAGCAUUGGCUGUUAUAAAUAUGGCAUUGGAAGAGCAGGUUAAGAUUUUGGCUCAAGAUUUUAUUGAACGUCCAGAAGAUUUCACACCACCAGCUCAAAUUUCUAAUGGAUAUAUUAGAAAUGACCCUGAAAGCCCACAUCUAAAAAGAUUGCUUAAUAA